AUGAAUAGCAGAAUUGGUGUUCUUGCCACCAGUAGCACUAAGACAAUCACUGCUAUUGACAGUUUAAGCAGGGCCCCCCUCAUUUCCCCUACCAAUACAAUGGCUAAUGUUUCUCAGCCUGCCUUCAACGCCCCGUCUGAGUUUAGCAAGAAGGCCUCUAAUGAUGUUUAUAAUACAAAUGUUUUCUUUUACAAGUUGCCAAACAAGGAGUUGGUGGUGCGACUUCUUGAAAACUUGAAGCACAAGUUUACCCAUGAGGAAUUUAGAGAGGCAGACUUGAGAGCAAGACUGCACAAAAACUUCACCAGCCGGGUUUCAAAAGCAAGAAAAACUGAAGAGGAAAUAAAAGCAACAAACACUUGUUCAAGAAGAGCAGGACGUGCCAGAGAUGUAAGUGUAAUCUCUAAAUAA